CUGGGAGUGACUCGGAGUUAAGCAAGUGCAUUUCUCUUACACGUCAACCUGUAGUGUGUUCAGAUGUGUAACCUGUACAGAACAAAAAUAUAAUCGUCAAUACGCUUAACAGAACCGCUCGGUGCGUUUUGUGAGGUCUGUGUAGCUCCUAGUUAAUAAAAGUAGUUUUUAGAGGCCUGCUGGAAGAACUGGAUCCCCGGACUAAAGGUGUUCACAGAGGCCGGGAUGAAAAGAGGAUAUGCGGUCGGGCCGAGCUGUUGACACCGUCCUCUAGUCAGCUUAUCAACCGAUCAGAGGACAAGCACCUGCACUAUAGAGUAAACAUACACUGUUUUCGGAUGAGGCUGCUGUUCUGUUUAUGGAUGUUGGGAUCUAGAAUCUUCUUUGUUGCCCCUGGACCUUGUUGAGACCAGCAGCACCUGAGCCACUGAUUGCCGUGGACCGUCAGUUCGGCCACUUCAGAGUCAAAACUUCCAACCAUGAACCGGUACCUGCCAGUGGCACGGCAGCAUUUCCUGACUGCUUUAGCCAGCACGAGUGUGGUGGUGAAAUCCAUCUGUGCGACAGUGUUUGUGCUCUACCUUAUCUCCUGGCUUGCAGACACCCAUGUGGCACUUGGCAUCACACCUGGGUACCUCUUUCCUCCUAACUUCUGGAUCUGGACUCUAGUGACGCAUGCCGUUGUGGAGCAGCAUGUGUGGGGCUUAGCAGUGAACGUGGCUACAGUGAUCACUGCUGGACGAUUACUGGAGCCUCUGUGGGGCGCCCUGGAGUUACUCAUAUUCUUUGCUGUGGUGACCGUCUCAGCUGGCUUAUUUUCUGGCCUCUCUUAUGUGCUUGCUUAUGCCGCCACCUUUGACCUGAACUAUCUGUUUGAUGUACACAUAUGUGGAGCACCAACAUUUCUCGGCGCGGUUCUGGUCGCUCUAAAGCAGACUUCAGGUGACACAACUGUGCUGAGGGUUCCUCAGAUUCGUUUAAAGGCAGCUCCAGCACUGGUCCUGCUAGCAUUAGGCAUUCUGCGUCUUGCUGGACUCCUUGAAACCUCGGCGCAGUUGGUAGGCUGCAGCUAUGGCGCACUGACAGGGUGGGUAUACCUACGAUUCUACCAGAGGCACAGUCGAGGGCGCGGUGACAUGUCGGACCACUUCGCCUUUGCUUCCUUUUUCCCAGAGGCUCUGCAACCGGCAGUGGGCUUCAUUGCUAGCUUGGUGCAUGCUGCCCUCGUCAAGAUAAAGGUGUGCCGGAAGAUGGUGAAGCGAUAUGACGUCGGUGCACCGUCCUCCAUCACCAUCAGCCUGCCUGGCACAGAUCCACAGGAUGCAGAGCGAAGACGGCAGCUGGCACUAAAAGCUUUAAAUGAACGGCUAAAGAGAGUGGAGGACCAAUCAGCCUGGCCGAGCAUGGAAGACGAGGAAGACGAUGACGAAGUUCGGACAGAUACCCCUCUGCUCCCUAACCGCGACACAACUCCUCCUUCUCCCAGCACUACUCAGACUUCCGCAGCACAGGAAUCCAGCAUCAUAAGCUUUGAAGAUGCCUCCACUCACUCCUAACACACACGCACAUACACACACAAGUGUACACGAGGACAGAAAUUCGAUGUGCAUUCGAUGCUCAUUUGAUGUGCUGAAGAGGUGCAGGUGCACACGGCAUGUUGAUUUAAGACUUUGUUCACCAGGGGAUCAGUCCUAAUAAAUGCCCUCACACAAUCAAGCCUACAAAUACACUGAUUUGUGUAGAAUUUGUAUAAAUAACUCUGGACUUUGAUGAAAGUCAGUUUCCGAGAGACUCAUUUUAUUUGCGAUGUACAAGAGUAUCGUCGGUUGUCUUUGUGUUGCGGGCGUAUGUGUGUUUGUACAUGUGUGGAUACGAUUUCUAGGAAGGUACACCUUCUGAAUAAAUGCUUAACUUCUGCCGGGGUGUAUUACUUACAUCAGCUGCAGGCUCUUUAGCUAGCCGAUAGGUCAUAGCUAGAUCUUUAUGAGCUUAGCAUGAUGUAUUUCCUUGUCAGCUAAUGGAAUGGGCGGCAGUAAUGGACAGCAGUUGAGCUCUUUUAUUACUGCAAGUUCUUUUGCAUAAAAGUUGAGUUUAAACUGCUUUGUUUUAUGUUCCUUGUUCACACAGAGACUUUAAAGGUUUAUUUCAGUCCUCAGCUGCUUUGCCAAAGGUGAAUAGUCAUAAAUGUAAUAUUGUGUGAUAAUAGAAAUGAUGGCUGACUGUUUUGUUGUUUAUUUUUUUUUUGUGCAUUAUUGUUUCUCGAUUCCGUACGUAGCUCUUAAUCAGAGAGGCAUCUUUUCCAUAUUCACCUCAACACCAGCACAGACAACAUAAAGACUCCAGGGGCUAACUGUUAAAUGUAGAUGUUUGAUUUAUUAAAAAUUGUCAAUGUUAACAGUAACUAUCUGUGUUAGAGUGGCAAGCUUAUAUUUACCCAUCCAAAUGGCAAACAGGUUACAGCAUUUCAUCUUUAUUUAACUAAAAACUGCCAAUGUGGCAGCAAUACAAAGCAUUUACAUAAACAUACAUUCCAGUGACAGAAGGUUUGGAUUGACUAUAAAAGGAAGGAGAAAACUGCAAUGUUAUAUUUUUUUUAAUGAUUGGUGAAAAAUGUUAAGUGUGGUUUUGGUAGAGCUGUCUAAAUAAAUUAAUAAUACAAAUAAUCAAAUGCACUAAAAAGGUACAUAUUAAAACAACAGAAUUGUGGUUA